UUCCUCUAUUCAUUUCACCUCUUAUUUGUGAACGUGGGGCUGACAUUACUCCGGUUUCACCUCGACUGAAAGAGACUUUAAAUAGACUUUUAAUCUUCAGAGUUCAGUGAAGCCGGAACAGCGAGAUGGAGGUGGAGGAGGUGGUGUGUUUACCAAGGCUGUCCCGGGUCGCUGUGUGCGGCGGUACCCACGGCAAUGAGCUGUCUGGGGUGUACUUGGUGAGAGAGCUGCUGAAGGCGGAGAAGGAAGUGAUGGAGAAGGAGGAGGAAGAGGAGGAAGAGCAUCCGUCGGUGUCGAUGGUGCUGUCGAACCCGCGCGCCGUGCAGCAGUGCCGCAGAUACGUCGACACCGACCUCAACCGCUGCUUCACUCGCGCCGACCUCAACGGUCCCACGUCAGGCCCCGUCCCCUACGAGAUGAUCAGAUCCCGGGAACUGAACGCCAAGCUGGGUCCCAAAGGGCGAUCUGGGGCGGUGGAUCUCGUGUGCGACCUCCACAACACCACUGCCAACAUGGGCCUGUGCCUCAUCGCGAACUCUGACUGCGACUGGAUCUGCCUGCACAUAUUCAGACACCUGCAGAGGCAGAUGCCGGAUAUACCAAUGAGGUACAUUCAUUUUGAACUCUCCAAAAAAGAAUCAUAUUCCCUUGAUUCUGUGGGAAAGCAUGGUUUUGCCAUGGAGAUCGGCCCCCAGCCCCACGGUGUGGUGAGGUCCAACGUCUACACGGCAAUGAAGGCUGGCGUGCAGCACAUGCUCGAUUGGGUUUGUUUCUUCAACUCAGGUACUCUUUUUGAAGGAGAAUCUGUGGAUGUGUUCACCAUGAUUCAACACAUCGACUACCCCAGAGACAUUGGGACCCGCAACAUCACAGCAGCCGUUCAUCCUCACCUCCAGGACCGAGAUUUCUGCCUGCUCCGCCCCGAGGACCCGCUGUUCCAGACGUUCUCAGGGGAAACUCUGAGGUACGAGGGAAAUGAACCUCUUUACCCGUUCUUCAUCAAUGAAGGUGCUUAUUACGAGAAGGGCAUCGCACUGUCACUGGCGAGAAAAAGGCGCGUGAUGAUUCCCGCCAUCCGGGUGCAGACAGAGCAGGAACGACAAGCUCACGUACGGGAAUUGGCUUCAGAGGAAGAGGAUGGACUUUGAAUUACCCGACAUGAUGAGACUCGUGUGACUGUGAAAUAAAUGUUACAAAAAGCUUU